GUGUUUCCCAACACGUCGGUUCCCUGCUGGCACAUCCGUCACUCAGGGCAGUGAGGCACAUACAUACUAGUAGCCGCAUUUCUAAUUUAUUUUUCUCGUCUCUAUCUCUCGAGUCUUCCCCCUCUGAAUAAGACGCACCUACGCUACUACCUACCUACCUAGCCUUACCUCCUGGUCCUCUACGCAAUCUUGCAUUCUGCAACCUCGAGAGUCUCGACCUUCCUCCCCUUGUUGAGCUAGCUCGACGACCAGGUGUGAACGGAACUGACCGCCUGUCGCUGAGGUUAUCGUGAUACGUGACGUGCUCUGCUCGUGCUGUUCUCGGUAGCAUUGCUGGCUAGGGUCUCUGGUUCUUACUAAAGGUCACCUCCAUCCUAACCCUGCACUUCGUCCCGCCGAACCUACACCCUCUCCCUCUCUCUCUCUCUCUUCUCUCGCCACAAGCCCACAACUCGCCCUCAAUCCUACGCCCUGGAAAUCCCUCAACCCUCAACGACGCUGCUUUCGCUGUCGUGAAGGGCGUGCUGUGUCUCUCCAACGCUACGAGGUGCCUAUUCGCCCACCAUGGUUGUCUUUGACGGUCACGAGUACCUUACCGAGGAGGAGAAGCGUCUCAAGGAAGACCGCAGACGCGAGAAGUACUGGAAGAAAUGGGGCCCUUACGUCGCCGAACGCCAAUGGGCCACUGUGCGAGAGGAUUACAGUCCCGACGGAGACGCGUGGAGUCACUUUACCCACGACCACGCACGAUCCCGAGCCUACAGAUGGGGUGAGGAUGGAAUUGCCGGCGUUUCUGAUACCCACGGCUUCCAAAACAUUGGUUUUUCUUUCUGGAACGAGGAAGAUGAUUUCCUCAAGGAGAGAUUGUUUGGUCUCUCAAACCCCCAGGGUAACCAUGGCGAGAGUGUCAAGGAAGCCCACUUCCACGUUGACAAUACCCCGACACAUUCCUACAUGAAGUUCCUCUACAAGUACCCGCAGAAGAAGUUCCCUUACAAGGACCUGUUGGAAGAAAAUGCACGCAGAGGCAAGGAAGACAAGGAGUACCAGAUCGUUGACACGGGCAUCUUCGACGAAGACAGGUACUGGGAUAUUUUCAUCGAGACGGCAAAGGAGACGGACGACCCCGAGGAGAUCCUGUUCCGUGUUACCGCAUGGAACAGAGGUCCCGAUCCGGCACCACUUCACAUUGUGCCGCAAAUGUGGUUCCGCAACACCUGGGCCUGGGGCCGGGAACCCGAGGACAAGAAGCCGUCCAUCGAGAACAUUGGCGAAGGCCUGGCCAAGUCCAAGCAUCACAAGCUCGGGGACCGUUACUUCCUGAUGUCACCUUCUCCCGGCGUUGGUACCAGCGGCGAGGACGUAAUACCGCAGAUGUUGUUUACCGACAACGACACAAACUAUGAGCUGCUGUACGAGCAGGACAACAAGACUCCGUACGUCAAGGAUGCCUUCCAUCGUCACAUUUGCGAGAAGGAAAAGGGGGCCGUCAACCCAGCACAGAAGGGCACCAAGUGCGCCGCCUGGUUCAGCUUCAACGAGGAUGGUGGUGUUCCUCCCGGCGAGUGUGCUGUCGUCCGUUUCCGCUUCUCCAAGAAGAACCAGACCUACUUCGACGAAGGCGACUUUGAUGACCUGGUCGAUCUUAGAAUCGCCGAGGCCGACGAUUUCUACUACCGCCUCAGCCCCCUCCCCAUGGCAGACGAUCUGCGCAACAUUCAACGUCAAGCCUUCUCCGGAAUGAUGUGGACUAAGCAGCAUUACCUCUUUAUUUGGGACCAAUGGGCGAAUGGUGACCCGACACAACCCCCUCCGCCCCCAAGCAGAAAAGACAUUCGCAACUCUCAGUGGAAACAUAUGCACUGCGAUGACAUUUUGUCUAUGCCCGACUCUUGGGAAUAUCCCUUCUUUGCAGCGUGGGACAGUGCUUUCCACUGCAUCACAUUGGCGAUGAUGGAUCCAGACUUCGCCAAGAAGCAGCUUGAUCUCUUCACCAGAGAGUGGUACUGCCAUCCCAACGGCCAGCUGCCAGCCUAUGAGUGGAACUUUGGUGACGUGAACCCCCCCGUUCAUGCCUGGGCCACGUUCCGAGUGUUCAAGAUUGAGCGCAAGCUCUACGGACGCCAGGAUUUGGACUUCCUCGAGAGAGUUUUCCAGAAGCUGUUGCUGAACUUCACCUGGUGGGUUAACCGCAAGGACGCCGAUGGCAAGAACGUUUUCGAGGGAGGUUUCCUCGGUCUCGACAACAUUGGUCUUUUCAACCGCUCUGAGCCUCUCCCAACCGGCGGCUCUUUGGAGCAGGCCGACAGUACCGGAUGGAUGGCCUUCUACUGUCUCAGCAUGCUCAACAUUGCCCUUGAGCUUGCAAAGCACCGACGCACAUACGAGGAUAUUGCUUCCAAGUUCUUUGAGCACUUCAUCUUCAUCAGUGACGCCAUGACCUUCAGGACUGGCCAAAAGGACGAGAAGUCGCUCUGGAAUGACGAGGAUGGUUUCUACUACGAUGCCAUUUCAUGGGGUGGCCCCUGGAUCCAGCAGCUUCCAGUCCGCUCUCUCGUCGGAUUGAUUCCGCUUUACGCGACCCUGACUCUUGAGCCUGAGCUUAUCAACAAGCUCCCCUCAUUUAAAAAGAGGGUUGAUUGGUUCAUGGAAAACCGCUGCGAUUUGGCCGAGCGAAACAUGGCCAGUAUUGCCAAGCGUGGAAAGGGUAACCGUAUUCUCUUGUCCAUUGUCAGCAAGGACAGGCUCGAGAAGAUUCUGUACCGCAUGCUUGACGAGGACGAAUUCUUCAGCGAACACGGAAUUCGGUCCUUGUCAAAGUGCCACAAGGAGCACCCCUUCUCAAUGGAGGUUAAUGGCCAGACUUUCUCCGUCGGCUACGUUCCUGGUGACUCUGAUAGCGGUCUAUUUGGUGGCAACAGUAACUGGAGAGGCCCCAUUUGGUUGUGUGUCAACUUCCUUCUGGUUGAGUCUCUUCAGAGAUUCUUCUUGUUCUACGGACACGAGUUCCAAGUCGAGUGUCCCACGGGCAGUGGCGACUACAUGCAUUUGGGCCACGUCUCCGAGGAGAUCCAGCAUCGUCUGCAGCACCUGAUGACGCGUAACGACGAGGGUCGUCGUAGCAUCAACUCCGGAAACGACCUUCUGGACUUCGACCCUUACUGGAAGGACUAUCUUUGGUUCUACGAGUUCUUCGACGGCGACAGUGGCCGUGGACUCGGUGCUACCCACCAGUGUGGUUGGACCGGUUUGAUGGCUCGCAUGAUCCACGACACUGGUAUCAACUGCCGUCUGCCUCAUACUCCCCGGACUCCCUCAGCGGGGAUGUCUCACUACUUUGAUGAUAUCUUUGCCCGUGGCACUGAUCGCCGUGGCUCGAUGACGCCUGGCCCUGGUGGCAAGCCACGGAUGCGCAGAUCAUCAACGGCGAGAUCCAUCGGUGCAAGGAGCGACUUUGACGAGACUAACGGCGACGACUCACUGAGCAACUCGGCCACAUUAGAUGACCCAGAGAAGCUUCGGCAGAGGAUGAGAGAGAAGUCGGAGGCCGACGCACACAUGCACCGCUACAUCUCGGAUCAGCUGGAGAGGUUCAAGGAGGACAAAGAGCACCCGGGUGGAACCGACAACGAAUAUGAGGCUGGUGUCUAAAGCUUCCCUCCAGUCGUCAGGAAACGCGAAAAAUUCGAGGGAUAGGCUGGUGUUCGUGCAUCUGAUUGUGGGCGGUUAAAUGAAGAGUACGAGUGCAUCCAUGGAGUUUCCUUGCGUAGUGAGCAUGAAGAGAAACGAAAAAAGACUGCCAUCACUGCACAUAGAGCCAUAUACAGGACUGUUAGACUGCACAGGUAGAGGUUCCUGGGGUUAAUAUACGUAGAUUGGGG